CAUAGGCCGACCUGGGAGUGAGGAUGUGUUGAUCAGAGAGACGCUCUCAUCAGGACUGCAGCAGGACUUUGUUCAGGACGAAAGGAAACAUAAUCGAGGAUAUGGAGGAAAUCACAGGAGAAGCUGACUAUGUGAAUGCACCAGAAGGCCCUGCGGAUAAAAAGGCACCGCGUCCAGACGACACCAAAAAAGGAUCUGCCCCAGAAGGCACCGUGGAUACAAAGGCAUCCCCUCCAGAUACCUCUGAACUUUCUGAAGACAACGCCAAGCAGACUGCAGAAAUCAAGACGCUGACAUCAAGAAUCCAGGAGCUGGAGACACGGGAGAAUCUCACGGUCAGCUGUGACAACCUGACACAAGCCUGUACUGUCUCAGAAAGCAACGUGAAAGACCUGAAUGCAGAAAUCAAGACGCUGACAUCACAGAAGGAUGGCUUGACAACGCAAAUACAAGAAAUGGAGACGAACUGGAAUGAGCUCAACGUCAGUCGAGCUCAGUGGAGCAUCAAUGAGUACUGCAAAGAGGGUGAAGUGAAAGAGUGUCGAUCUUGUGAGAUGAACUGGAGAUACCGUGAGCCUAGCUGCUAUUCGUUCAAUAAUGUUGUGCCUACAGAGCGGUUAACCUGGGAAGAAGCUCGAGAAUACUGCAGAGCGCUUAAUGCAGAUCUGGCUGCAGCACAUAAUCUAACUGAAAAGAACAUCAUCAAUUAUUACAGCAUAUCAACUGAUGGAAGCUGGAUUGGCCUGAGAGUUAAAGACGGGAAAUGGAAGUGGGAAGAUGGAAGUGAUCUGACUAAUAGCUCCUGGGUAGACCCACCUACUGAGGGUCACUGUGCAAUCUCUGUCUUGCGCAUACAAACAUGGUUAUCAGUGAGCUGUGAUCAGAAACAACAAUGGAUCUGCCAGAAGAAAGCUCUAUCUGUUUAAACACUGCAGUCUACUUACUCUUACAUUUGCUUUUCUUUGACUUUUUCAGAGAUGCAGUAACCUCAUUGAUCAAAUCAGUAUAUCAUGAUCAUUUGAUAUAAAAGGACCAAAACUUGCUCAGUUUAAUUUGUCAGAAUUUGUUUUAAAUGCUGCUUUAUGUGGGCCAAUAUCUUUGUUUUUAACAUAAUUAGCUCAGAGCUGUUUUCUUAAGCAUUUGUAUUGUGAUGUCAUACAUUUUAAUAUGUAGAGAUGAGAGUUAUGUGUGUGAUUGAUCUAGAAGCUAAUUCAUGUUUGAGUCUAUGAUGUUAAAUACAAUUGCUGUCACACAGUGUUGUAGUGAUUUCCUCACAAAUCAGUAACGCACAAAAAUAACACAAAUUCACCAUCAACAUGUAUAUUAGCAGUAUGUUGGCUCUUUAUUAGUCAUUAUA